AUGCAUCUCUCUAUUUGGACUGCAGUCCUUCUAGGACUCAUCCUGACUCCAGCCCUUGCUGAUUAUUCUCAGCAGUCAGGCAACAACUGCCAGGUCUCUGUUGGUGGUGUUUUCCAAAAUCUGACUCUCAGUAGUCUGACACGUGUGGUGGUUAUUGAACAAAGGAGCAACCAGUUCUCAUGGAAAACCGUCUGGAACUACAACACGGGUAUCAUUGCAACCAAAUUGGUGCAACAGAACACCUGCUACAUUUCUGUCAUGAACAGAAAUGAGAUGCCCAGCUUUGAGAAUCUGGCCCACAUGGCUUCACAGAAUGGGAACCAGAUGGGUCUUGGAAGACCUAGCAAGAAGAUCACCUUUGUCACCAAUGGACUGGUCAACAACCUCAGCUCCUAUGGAAUAGAAAUCUCAGCUAUGUGCAGUGGACUCACCACCUACAUGGCUACCGAAGUUCACAGACCCCAGGUGAAUCUGGGAUCAUGCAUUACCCUGGAUGUUCUGAGAAUUGUGGAGCUGGAUUACUGUGGUGGCAAUGGCAACUGGAAUGGCAAUAUCCCGUCUCAGCAGAUUCCUGGUGGCAUCUUCAACAACACGCAGGGCAACAUUUUCAACAACACUCAAGUCAUCAUUGGUGGCCGCUCCCAAAUUGUGACCAUCAACAGGCAAUGGCGUGUGGCAAUCAUUGAGCAAAGGAGCUUCACUGGGUCCUGGAGAACCAUCUGGAACUACAACACGGGUAUCAUUGCAACCAAAGUCAUUCAACAGAACACUUGCUACAUUUCCAUCAUGAACAGAAAUGAGAUGCCCAGCUUCAAUAAUCUGGCCCGCCUGGCAGAAGAGAGCAAGAACCAGUUUGGUCUUGGAAGACCUACCAAGAAGAUCACCUUUGUCACCAAUGGAUUGGUCAGCAACCUCAGGUCUUAUGGAUCAGAUGUCUUCUCUAUGUGCAGUGGACUCACCACUUACAUGACUUAUGAAGUUCACGGAGUCCAAGCCAAUCUGGGAUCCUGCAUUACCCUGGAUGUCCUUGGAGUCGUGGAUUUCAAGUACUGCACUGGCUAUGGCAAUGAUCAGUCUCAGCAGAUUCCUGGUGGCAUCUUCAACAACACGCAGGGCAGCCAAACACAUGUCGUCAUCAUUGGUGGCCAGUCCCAAAUUGUGACAAUCAACAGGCAAUGGCGUGUGGCAAUCAUUGAACAAACGAGCAUCAGUGGGUCCUGGAAAACCAUCUGGAACUACAACACGGGCGUCAUUGCAAGUAAAGUCACUCAGCAGAACGCCUGCUACAUUUCCAUCAUGAACAGGAAUGAGAUGCCCAGCUUUGAGAAUCUGGCUCACCUGGCAGAAGAGAGCAAGAACCAGUUUGGUCUUGGAAGACCUACCAGGAAGAUCACCUUUGUCACCAAUGGAUUGGUCAGCAACCUCAGGUCUUAUGGAUCAGAUGUCUUCUCUAUGUGCAGUGGACUCACCACUUACAUGACUUAUGAAGUUCAUGGAGUCCAAGCCAACCUGGGAUCCUGCAUUACCCUGGAUGUCCUUGGAGUCGUGGAUCUGAAAUACUGCACAGGCAAUGGCAAUGAUCAGGGCAGCCAAACACAUGUCGUCAUCAUUGGUGGCCAGUCCCAAAUUGUGACCAUCAACAGGCAAUGGCGUGUGGCAAUCAUUGAACAAACGAGCAUCAGUGGGUCCUGGAAAACCAUCUGGAACUACAACACAGGUAUCAUUGCAACCAAAGUCACUCAACAGAACACCUGCUACAUUUCCAUCAUGAACAGGAAUGAGAUGCUCAGCUUCAAUAAUCUGGUGCACCUGGCAGAAGAGACCAAGAACCAGUUUGGUCUUGGAAGACCUACCAAGAAGAUCACCUUUGUCACCAAUGGAUUGGUCAGCAACCUCAGGUCUUAUGGAUCAGAUGUCUUCUCUAUGUGCAGUGGACUCACCACUUACAUGACUUAUGAAGUUCACGGAGUCCAAGUCAAUCUGGGAUCCUGCAUUACCCUGGAUGUCCUGGGAGUCGUGGAUCUGAAAUACUGCACAGGCAAUGGCAAUGAUCAGGGCAGCCAAACACAUGUCGUCAUCAUUGGUGGCCACUCCCAAAUUGUGACCAUCAACAGGCAAUGGCGUGUGGCAAUCAUUGAACAAACGAGCAUCAGUGGGUCCUGGAAAACCAUCUGGAACUACAACACAGGUAUCAUUGCAACCAAAGUCACUCAACAGAACACCUGCUACAUUUCCAUCAUGAACAGGAAUGAGAUGCUCAGCUUCAAUAAUCUGGUGCACCUGGCAGAAGAGACCAAGAACCAGUUUGGUCUUGGAAGACCUACCAGGAAGAUCACCUUUGUCACCAAUGGAUUGGUCAGCAACCUCAUGUCUUAUGGAUCAGAUGUCUUCUCUAUGUGCAGUGGACUCACCACUUACAUGACUUAUGAAGUUCACGGAGUCCAAGUCAAUCUGGGAUCCUGCAUUACCCUGGAUGUCCUUGGAGUCGUGGAUCUGAAAUACUGCACAGGCAAUGGCAAUGAUCAGGGCAGCCAAACACAUGUCGUCAUCAUUGGUGGCCACUCCCAAAUUGUGACCAUCAACAGGCAAUGGCGUGUGGCAAUCAUUGAACAAACGAGCAUCAGUGGGUCCUGGAAAACCAUCUGGAACUACAACACGGGUAUCAUUGCAACCAAAGUCACUCAACAGAACACCUGCUACAUUUCCAUCAUGAACAGGAAUGAGAUGCUCAGCUUCAAUAAUCUGGUGCACCUGGCAGAAGAGACCAAGAACCAGUUUGGUCUUGGAAGACCUACCAAGAAGAUCACCUUUGUCACCAAUGGAUUGGUCAGCAACCUCAGGUCUUAUGGAUCAGAUGUCUUCUCUAUGUGCAGUGGACUCACCACUUACAUGACUUAUGAAGUUCAUGGAGUCCAAGUCAAUCUGGGAUCCUGCAUUACCCUGGAUGUCCUUGGAGUCGUGGAUCUGAAAUACUGCACAGGCAAUGGCAAUGAUCAGGGCAGCCAAACACAUGUCGUCAUCAUUGGUGGCCACUCCCAAAUUGUGACCAUCAACAGGCAAUGGCGUGUGGCAAUCAUUGAACAAACGAGCAUCAGUGGGUCCUGGAAAACCAUCUGGAACUACAACACAGGCAUCAUUGCAACCAAAGUCACUCAACAGAACACCUGCUACAUUUCCAUCAUGAACAGGAAUGAGAUGCUCAGCUUCAAUAAUCUGGCCCAGCUGGCAGAAGAGAGCAAGAACCAGUUUGGUCUUGGAAGACCUACCAAGAAGAUCACCUUUGUCACCAAUGGAUUGGUCAGCAAUCUCAGGUCUUAUGGAUCAGAUGUCUUCUCUAUGUGCAGUGGACUCACCACCUACAUGGCUUAUGAAGUUCAUGGACACCAAGUCAAUCUGGGAUCCUGCAUUACCCUCGAUGUCCUGAGAGUCGUGGAUCUGAAAUACUGCACUGGCAAUGGCAAUGGACAGUCUCAGCAGAUUCCCGGUGGUGAGGGCAACUCACACCUCGUCAUCAUUGGUGGCCAGUCCCAGAUUGUGACCAUCAACAGGCAAUGGCGUGUGGCCAUCAUUGAGAAAAAGGCUGGCAUUGGGUCCUGGAAAACCAUCUGGAACUACAACACGGGCAUCAUUGUAACCAAAGUCACUCAGCAGAAUGCCUGCUACAUUUCCACCAUGAACAGAAAUGAGAUGCCCCUCUAUGAUAACCUGGCUCACCUGGCACAAGAGAGCAAGAACCAGUUUGGUCUUGGAAGACCUACCAAGAAGAUCACCUUUGUCACCAAUGGAUUGGUCAGCAACCUCAGGUCCUAUGGAUCAGAUGUCUUCUCUAUGUGCAGUGGACUCACCACCUACAUGACUUACGAAGUUCAUGGAGUCCAAGUCAAUCUGGGAUCCUGCAUUACCCUGGAUGUCCUGAGAGUCGUGGAUCUGAAAUACUGCACAGGCAAUGGCAAUGAUCAGGGCAGCCAAACACAUGUCGUCAUCAUUGGUGGCCAGUCCCAAAUUGUGACCAUCAACAGGCAAUGGCGUGUGGCCGUCAUUGAGCAAAGGAGCUUCAGCAAGUCCUGGAAAACCAUCUGGAACUACAACACAGGCAUCAUUGUAACCAAAGUCACUCAGCAGAAUGCCUGCUACAUUUCCACCAUGAACAGAAAUGAGAUUCCUCGCUUUGACAACCUGGUUCACCUGGCAGAAUUGAGCAGGAACCAGUUUCUUGUUCCAAGACCUACCAAAGAGAUCACCUUUGUCACCAAUGGAUUGGUCAGCAACCUCAGGUCUUAUGGAUCAGAUGUCUUCUCUAUGUGCAGUGGACUCACCACCUACAUGACUUAUGAAGUUCAUGGAGUCCAAGUCAAUCUGGGAUCCUGCAUUACCCUUGAUGUCCUGGGAGUUGUGGAUCUCAAGUACUGCACAGGCAAUGGCAAUGAUCAGCAGAUUCCAGGUGGCAUCUUCAACAACACUCAAGUCAUCAUUGGUGGCAACUCCCAAAUUGUGACCAUCAACAGGCAAUGGCGUGUGGCCGUCAUUGAGCAAAGGAGCUUCAGCGGGUCCUGGAAAACCAUCUGGAACUACAACACGGGUGUCAUUGUAACCAAAGUCACUCAAGAGAAUGCCUGUUACAUUUCCACCAUGAACAGAAAUGAGAUGCCUCGCUUUGACAACCUGGCUCACCUGGCAGAAGAGAGCAAGAAUCAUAUUGGUUUCGGAAGACCUACCAAGAAGAUCACCUUUGUUGCCAGUGCAUUGGUGAACAACCUGAGGUCUUAUGGAUCAGAUGUCUUUGCUAUGUGCAGUGGGCUCACCACCUACAUGACUUAUGAAGUUCAUGGUGUGCAAGGACCCCAGGUGAAUCUGGGAUCAUGCAUUACCCUGGAUGUCCUGCAAGUUGUGGACCUGCAUUACUGCAGUGGUAAUUUCCAUGGCAAUGGACAGGUGAGAAAACCUUAG